AUGGCCACAGCAACUCUUGAUGAGGUGGACACACAUCUCCGCGGAAUCAUCAGCAACUUGUAUAUGUUAAUCGUGCAAGCGCAUGAUUACCAAGGCCAAGCUACUCAGCAGGCUAUGGGCACGGAGAUCAAGAACCUUCUACAAAACCUCCAAUCUCUAAGCCAAACAGCUCGAAGAUUACCCACCCAUAUUCCCCUAGAGAUCAUUCAAUACGUGGAGAAUUCUCGUAAUCCAGACAUUUACACGCGAGAGUUCGUCGAGCUGGUCAUGCGGUACAAUCAGCAGCAAAAGGGUCGGGCUGAUGCUUAUGCCCAAUUUCGAGACAUCCUGGGUGAGGCUAUGAUGCAGGGAAUUCCAGAGAUUCGCGAAGAUACUCAGAAGGUGCUUGAAGCUUCCGGCGGUCGGGUCAAGCAUUGA